AUGGCGCGCGGCCACUACGAGCGGCUACCGAUCAGAGUGGUACCCAUUGACGGUGGAGGAGGAGAGGAAACCAUCGCUUCUAUGGAGGCGUAUUUCGCGGUGAGAAGCUACAUGGCGGAGAUGUUGGAAAGGUGUGGGAAGAGAGGGUAUUGGGUGUACGGCGAGAAAGAGGCGCGGGGUUUUAUGAGGAGAAAAGAUCGGCCCCCAAAAUAUGAGCUUUCUGUAGCUGAUUCAGUUGUUUGUCUCUUCUUCUUCUAG